UACCACCUCGCAGGCGAUCGAAGUCGGGAGGAAGAUGAAUGCAAAGUUCAUCAUGCUGAAUCACUUCAGUCAGCGAUACUCCAAGGUGCCACUGUUCAGCGACGAUUUCACCAGCAACGUUGGUGUGUCGUUCGACAACAUGAGGGUGCGACCACGCGAUCUGCCGCUGCUGCCUCUGUUUCCGAACCCGUUACGGGCGAUGUUCGCCGAUCACUACGAAGAGAUGGAGGGAAAGCGCACGAAGAGGCAGGUGCGGAAGCAGCUGGAGAUGGAGGAGAAGAAGCUGAAGCAGCGGUGAUGAUGGCGUCUCCAUGGAAACGGUCUGCAUGCUGCUGGUGGAACGGCAUGCAGCAGAUUGGGGGUGUGCAAUGGUGGGAUCGGAUGAUGUUGUUACUUACAGAUGGCUGAUGAUGCUAGUUGGUACUAGCUAGAGGAGUAGCAGAGUAGUGGCUGAGGUAGAAGCAAUGGUAGCCGCAUGACGGGCACUGUUGAUAGCGGUGUGCCAGGGGCGUGUACAGGGUUUGUAGCAGGGGGGGUCUAACCGUAACCCAAACUUGGGAGGACG